UGGGAUUCUUUUUCGAAGCAGACGUGCGCUGGUGUUGGCGCGGCUGGGCGACUUGAAGUGUUUUGCAGAUAUCGUGGUUGCGGUGGCUUGAGUGUAAACCUUGAAAGCUCUGGCUGGAGAUGGAGUGGUGGCGGUGGGAGGAGGGGGACCAGCACGACGUAGAUAGAACCCAGAUAGUGGAGAGAGGCGGGCGGUGACUCAACAACCGUCAAAGGCACUAUGCAAUGGGUGGUGGUGGGGUGGAAGGGGAUCAAACCCAGCAAAUUUCUCCAUGCGCAACUUGUGGCAGGUUCCACAGCGUACGACACUCACCCCUCCUCUCUUUUCGAACAUGAUCACGGCUUUAGUCGAAAGAAAAAGCCCCUCUAGAGUCGGUAAACGGACUAGAGCAGGAUCCAAGUUCCAAGACGAAAAGAUUAGAGAUACGAUAGGGUAUAUUACUCACUUUCUUUCCGAACGCCAAGGUCCGCAGAAAGGCAAGACAACUAACGAGAUCAAUGCGAACCAGCCAGCCCCUUUCCCAGAUCCGAUCCGAAUCUCUCCCAAAAAAGAGUACCCUCCCAGUAGACCUACACAAACUCCGCCCUUAGUCAACACCAAUGCACCCAACACAUGAGGUAUAUACAUAAAAUUCCAGAAUCAUUACCAGCGGUCUUUUCU